UGCUGCGAAAGCUGCAAUGAAGUGCCCUUUGGGUGGCCGCGCGUCACAUGGAGACACGCCCCCUGUGCGAUGCUGAAGACGUGACUUUGUGGCGAGAGUGCGCGGCUCAGCUUCGGCACUUCAAGCGGCGCGGCCGCGGGCUGGUCGCCCAACAGGACUUGGCUGCUGGCCAGGAGGUCUUUCAGGAUACUCCGCUGGUGGCCUUGCAACACCUCUUCUCUCAGCGCUUGACUCCAUGCUGCGCAGCGUGCAUGACGCCAGUGGGCAGUUUUAGCCUACUCCUGCAGAGGAUUCUGCGAAAUUCGGGGCAGACUUUGGAGUCGUUUCCAGUGGCUUCGCAUGAGCUGAUGGGCCACCAUUUGCUGGCCGGGAUCGAGCCGGUGCUCUGCCCCUCAGAAGGCUGCAAGGCUCUAUUCUGCAGCGAGAGCUGCCGCGAAGAGGAGCUGUCCUACGGCGCUCACCGGCUGCUCUGCCGCGACCUGCGGGAAGCUGAAGCUGUAAGGUGCUGGGCUGAGUUCAAAGCCUUGGCCCGGCGGCACCAUGAAAACCUGCUGCUUGCAGCCCGGGCGCUGGCCUGGGCAGUUUGCCAGGUCAAGCACCGGAAUGUGCCGGAAGGACGGGUGCUGGCCGAGCUGCUGACCUGCCAGAACGAGCGGUGGGACCGAUUGCCACGCUGCCCGCACAGGCAGAGGGAGCGGCUCCGGGUGGUCCAAGCAUCGCUGACUCUUUUGCGAAGGGUGCUGGGAGCGGGUGAGCUCCUGAGCGAGGACGUGUACUCUCGGCUCCUGGGCGAGUUCGACUUGGUGAACGUGAGCAUCGAGUUUGGGCAUCCAUUCCAGGCGGCGCUGGGGUCGCCGGAGCUGCAGCCUCUGGCGGCGGAGCUGCGAAGCUGUGGCCUGCUGCGGCGCCUGGCGGAGGUGGCGGGCUGUCACGAUGAGGCAAACGGAGUUGCCGCAGACUUGGUGGAGGAGCUGCCAGCCAUCUUGGGCAUCGGGUUGGCAAGAAGAGUGGCCAUGAUGAACCAUUCCUGCAGGCAGGUGGAUUCCGACUCACGUUGACAACAGCGGUGCCGGGCGACCUGGGUCGAACAAGUGCGUUGAGCGGGCCAGGCCAGCGUGCGAAGUGGAGUUUGGCGAUGGUUGUGCCACCGCGGUGGUGCGAGCUUUGCGCAAGAUUUCCGCCGGAGAGGAGCUAACCAUCAGCUACAUCGACGAAAGCCAACCUGUGCGAAAACGCCAGCGCAGCCUAUGGCUGCGCUACGGCUUCCGCUGUCUCUGCAGCCGCUGUGCGCGGGAGCUGCGGGAAGCCAGGCUGAGCAGCGGCUUCCGGAGGUGGCAUCCCAUGAAGUGCUUGCAAAAGUCCCUGGCUGCCACUUUCGCACUGCCAAAGCGGCGAUGUGGUUGGCCUUGCCGGCAACUUUGCUCGAC